UUUACUGCAGAGAUGAGGGAGAAAGCGGAAGGAUCGAUCAGGUUAAGGAUGGUGGACUUUUGGUGCCGACUGUGGCACCUGCCACUUAUGCUGUAUCUCACAGGACUCCUGCAGUUUGAUCUGUGCAGUGGUCAGAUUCAGGUCCAGAUCCAGGAAGGUCCUCUGUAUAGAGUGAAAGGAUAUCCCAUCUCCAUAUCCUGUAAUGUUACAGGGUUUACAGGCCCACCUACCCGGGAUUUUCAGUUCAUUCUCAAGAAACCAAAUAUGGAGUUAAAUAUAAUCAGUACCAGUGACCCAGAAUUUGCCUACGGAGUGUUCUCCGGUAGAACAAGAAAUAAAGAGAUUUAUAUUCAAAGGCUGUCAGGAUCUUCAGUUCUCUUGUGGAUCAACAAUUUGCAGGAGAAUGAUGCAGGUGAUUUGCUCUGUGUGACCCUACACACAGGUGGUGUAUAUUACGGAGAUUAUGAUGAUGAAGCAAAGCUUAAUGUGAUUGCAGACACUCUGGAGGCAUCAUACUCUGGCUCUCCCUCUCAGAGCUUGUCUGAAGGUGAUCCUCUUCAGCUUGAGUGCCAGGUCUCCAGCCAGACUUUUCAACAUACUCAUCUGAUGGUCUCCUGGUUUCUCUAUGGUGAAGAGGAUGAAAACCCCCGGCCAAUCAUUACUCUGGACAGAGAUCUGACUGUGAAGCCAGGAGCUGGAUUUGAGGAUCGCUAUCGUGCUGGUCUUAUCAGCAUGGAUAAGGUGGAGGACACAACCUACAGACUGAAGAUGCCUCAAGUGCAGCAGUCAGACCAGGGGAAGUUCUUCUGCAAAGCCACUGAGUGGAUUCAAGACCCAGACCGUUCCUGGACACAGAUCGCCCACAAAACCACCGCAGCAUGCGAUGUGGAGAUUAAACGAAUCGUGGCCCCUGAUGCAGGCUCCUUCAUUGUUUAUCUGAAGGCUUCAAAGGGGCCACUACAGGAGGGAGACGCACUGGACAUCCGCUGCAGUGUGAAUGCACAGAACCUUCCUGGUCAUUUCUUCUCGGUGACUUGGCUGAAGAACCAGCAGAAAGUGGCCCAGAUUGGAUCUUCUGGGGUUCUCACCAUGUUCGACAAAGAGCGAGAGAAUGCAGCAGAGAUGAGAGCAGUGAAAACCAGUCACAUGGACUACCUGCUGACCAUCCGUUCAACUCGGACUGAGGACCAGGGCCAAUACCAGUGUGAAGUAUGGCAGGAAAACAUGAAUGAAGAUGGCACCUUCAAAAAAAUACAAAAACAAAUAUCCAGUCCAGAGACUGUGAGCAUCACGGCUAAAGAGAGUGAUCUGGCGGUGGUCAUGGCGAUGAAGGACGCGGUGACUGAAGGAGAUGCACUACGGGUCGUCUGCUCAGUGUCGGGAUUCAAAGGUCCUUUAUCAGUGUCAUGGCAACACAAGAAAGACUCGGGGGCUUCCUUCAGUGAUGUCAUUAGUCUUACCCAUGAGGGAGUGAUGAAAGAUGUUGGGUCAAGGUAUCAGAGCAGAAAUGUCCAAACAUUUCAUUCUCCAGCUGGAAACUUUACUCUAGAGCUUGGUGCAUCUGCAACAUCUGACAGUGGCGAAUAUAAGUGCAUUGUGUCUGAAUGGACAGUACAGAGCAAUGGCGAGAUGAAGAAAGCCAACACCCACUCUCAGCAAAAAGCCAUUAUAGUUAAUUCUAUUGAUUCUCUAAUGAAGGUGAGCUUGAAAAGUCGUACAUCAAAUGUACCUAUAGACUCUCCAGUAGAACUGCUAUGCAUAGUCAGAGGGCCUAAAGUGUCUUUGGCUGUACGCUGGAUGUUUCAGCCCCGCAAUUCAACUGUUCAAACAAAUAUUUUAUCCAUAAGCCACACUGGAGAAAUGGCCUGGAGAGCAGAUCAGAGAAACUAUCAGCUGUCCAUUCAAGCACAACCGACAGACACUCAUUUCACUCUCAAGGUGCCGAGAGCCAGUAAGCAACAAGAAGGACAGUACCAGUGUCAAGUUGAUGCCUAUCAAAAGGAUGUACAGAAAGCCUUGAAGAACUCCAACCUAUUAGCUGUGAUUGUACAAAAACCUGUCAGCAAGAUGAGCCUGUACUCACCCACUUCUCGUCUGGAAACCACUGUCAACGCUGAGGCCAAGCUUGAAUGCUCAGUCACGAGGACAACCACAAAUACCUCUCGUUUCACGGUAACAUGGAUGUUUGGGUCCCAGAUGCUCUUAGCAAUGGACCUAGAUGCUGUUGUCAAGUUUGGCCCUGCAGCCGGACUAGAGAUGGACCAGAGGAUCCGUAUGGAAAUAAGACAGAAGCAGAGCUUCCAGCUGACUAUCCACCAGGUCAGAACAUCUGACAGUGGACAAUAUCAUUGUGAGGUGGAAGAGUGGCUCCAGGAUCCUCUUGGUGACUGGUAUUCCCUAAAGAAUAUGUCUGUUUCCACAGAGAUGGUUGUCAAAGAGAAAGAAAUUAAACUGCGUGUUCAGAAGGACAAUCGAAUGCUCAACAUUACCAAUCAUCAGGCUGGGUUCACCAUUGACUGUGUCAUUGACUCACAAUCCAGUGAUACGUCUGUCUUUGAGGUCACCUGGUUCAAGGUUCAGGAAGAAGGACCAGUCACUAUAUUCACUGCCAGGCGUGACGGUAUCUUACACAGUGCAAUUACUGACAAAAAUCUGGUGUUUGGACGACCACUUGCCACACACUAUAAACUGACUGUGCCACAGAUCAGUCCCACGGAUGUGGGGCAAUACUACUGUCAGGUUGAGGAGUGGCUUCUAACUGCUAACACCUGGAAGAGAUUUGCUUCAGAUAAAUCUGGAGAGCUCUCCAUCUAUGUUCACACUGAAGGUGAUUCUAAAAUACAGAUAAACCCAUUGUGAAUAACAUUGGCAAUCGCUAUUCCUCUGAUAUGUAUUCUUGUAUUGGUCAUAAUAUUGUUGUCGAGAAAGGGCCACAAGAAGAAACCUGAACUGAAGAAGAAGAAGAAGAAGAAAGACUGUCUGUGGGCUGAAAAAAAUGGCCUUACUCUUGUGCCUACUUCCGAUUAGAUUGUUGUUUUAAAACGCUCAGGAUCAGAUUGCAGUUUCUUUAUUAUCAAUUCUAUGAUUACAUACAUUCAAACAGUAAUCAUUUCACUUUUAAGAAAGCUG